AUGGCUCUGAUUUCCCGUGGAACUGCUCCCAUUUUUCCAGCCAAGGGCCUCGCCCCGGUCCGCCCAACUUGGAUUCCUUGGACGCCAUGUGGUGACUCAAAGACUUCCAGACCCGUCCUGGCGGCUUUGAUCCCAAGCCUCUUGCGACGUGCUCCAUGUCGCAUGAAACUGAGUUCCCGUACUGGUUCCAAGGAUGAUGUGUUGCUGGAACUGGAGGUCCUUUUGAAGGACAAAAUGAGGGCCUUGGACAUGCUGGUGAGUCAACGGGAUUGCAAGGAAGUGUUGGAGGAUGAUUUGAAUUUGGUGGAAGAAAUCGCUUCGCUACUGAAACGAUUGGUCCUGAGUGGUGGGCGCCCUUCGUUCGCCAGGGCGGAGAUCCAACCAAAUGUGAUGAAGAGGUUGCACUUAUUUGAGGGCCGAGGAGUAUGUUUGCAUGUCUAUGAUGAUCCAUCCGACACCUUCAUCCACAACCACCGGAGCAACUUCAUCUCUGUAGCCCUGUAUGGAAGCUAUGUGCACGAAAUCUGGUCGACAGGGCAAAAGGGUUUUCACUACACUUUCAACCGCACGAAGGAUGUAGAGUUGAAACAAACUGGUGAGAGGCAGGAGGGAUGCCUCGUGGUUGCCCACAAAUACACUUACAAGGAGGGAGACAAUUUUUUUUUGGAUGGAAGGACCCCUCACCGUGUCCUUGGCCGUGGUGCAGCCUUGACGUUGUAUGUCCGCGGGAUGGAGAAACCUUGCGAGACGAUUGCGCGUGCUGCGUGUUGUUUCACCCGCUACAUGAGCCUCGACUCGUUGAACUUGGAUACGGCCUGCUACUUGGUUCAUGGCACCAACUUUGUUGUGUCGAAGAGGUACUCAGUGCUAGAGCAAGUGGGUCAAGGGGCCUAUGGCAUCGUUUGUGCAGCUCAGGUUGAGUUUCUGGCAGUUCAUCUCCCCGGAAUGUGCCGGCAGGAUGAGGAGACCCAGGAGAGCGUUGCCAUGAAGAAGAUUGAGAAUGCCUUUGAGCACAUCACCUGUUUGGGAGCCCAUCACGAAGCGCACUCUCCGGGAGCUCCGGAUCUUGCGGCACCUGCGACACGAGAACCUCAUCGAUGUGAGGCGCGAACCGCCGAAUCGCCGAACCGCAACGGCCGCCACGUGGCGGAGGGCCGUUGGAAGCCGAGUCCACGGCUGUCGCGCACCUUUCGCACCGUCUCGGUGGAUCACGAGGAUCCACUGUCGCACGAAGAGAGAUCCAGCAGCCCGGCGACCGUGGUUAUCGCCCUGCUCUUUAUGAGCAAUCCUGACCCUGCCGUGGACAGGCUGGUUCAGGCUCUCAAUAGACUUACUUUGGCCAUUGAGGGGAAAAACGGCGGCAAAACAGGAACUGAGUGGGAGCUCAUUGCGGAGGAGGGAGAGGCAUCAGAGCCAACAAGUGGGACAGCAGGUGGAUCAGGCCAAAAUAGCCACAUUGCCUUUGGGGACUACAAUUCUUUUGCUGAGAGGCUUCCUGAUUGUCCUGGGCGUCUACUGGGCCUGUGUGCAAAGCUGCGGGGAGGGUCUUCCUCCUCAGACUACCGAGCAAGACGUGCUUGGGAGUCAGGAUAUUGGGCAUCUCUUGUUCGAGCAGGGCGUCUGGAGAAACCCAGACAGUCAUUGCCCAUUGAUCUUCGCCCCACGGUGUACAUCAUCCUGGCGGCACCAGGUUUGUCAGAGCCUACCAGGGUGGGGUCAGCUUCAGACCUGUACCGUAUUACCGGACGGCUGUCCGACACAACAUUGAGCAGGAGUACCUUUGCCAGCCCCUCAUCGGUGGCAAUGAAUCUUGGAGUGGAGCAUGGAGGUCAAGAUCCGACAGAGGUGGUCUUGCUUUGGCCUCCCGAUGCUGGUGCGCUUCAGCAUCAGGUGCAAGCUUUCAUACUUAUGAGACGGCCAGGGGGAGUCUUGGUCGCCGUUCCAGAUGGUGUCAUCGAGGAAGAGAGCUUUGCAGCAUGGGUUUCAACAGAAGAUGGUACCGAGCCUUUGGUUGGUCCUUCCAGAGUUUUUCAAGUGCCAAUGUGGGUGACAGGCGAAAUGGGAGGUUUGGUCAUUGGCGAAGGUUUGGCUGCAGUGAGGGUUCUAGAUAUGAGCCUCCCCGGGGUGGGAGGACUUUUACAACCCAUGGGAGAAGAUUUGGAGUUCGACCUUAUGAAUUUGUUUCAGGUAUCAGAUCCAGGUGCUCAUCCAGAUUUUCAAGAUCUGCUCUCUCAGGUCCGUCUUUGGAUAGACACCGACUUGGGGGAAAGGUCAGACUUUUACACUGCAGACGAAGCGGAGAUCGUAGAAGCAGAAAGCACUCCCAAGACCAAGACUCGAGCGAGAGGGCCCGGAACCAAUCCUGGUGGCACUACCGAGCCAGGAAAAGCUCCAAGUGGCGCAAAGCAGGGUCAGAAGAAGCCGACAGUUGCAGGUUUGGCUCAGCAGUUGGAGGUGGUCAUGAGUGCGCUCCCAAUGAUUACAGACCAGUUGACAAAUCUGGCUACUCAGCAAGCAGUCAUCCAAAAGCAAAUGGGAACUCCCCCGGCUCCGUCGACUGCAGAGGGUUUCAGGGCAAUGGCACCUGGGAAAGCUUCUAUGCCCAUCUCUUCAAUGCUGGCUCGUCCACCUUUAAGGCCAACGAGUUCCUUGGCUGGGCUGGUGGGACCCCCUCCGAAGACAAAGGGGCUCGCACCUAUUAUGCCAGCUGCUGUGGGCCCUUCGAAUCUGGAUGGCGAACCAUGGGAACCCGUGGACGAGAUGGAGGCGGACCGAGAUGUUUCCCCAGUUGCCAAAGCACUGUUGGAACAGAGCAAAGCGCUAGCAAUGCUUGUAUCUCACUUCCACAUGGCUGGUUCCGAUCCUUUUGCAGACCUUUCCUCUUCCACUCCCACAAUGGGCGUAAAGGGCACUGCGGCAAGAGAGCGCAUGCAGAGGGAACUGGCACAAGGUUCAGGACAGUUCUUUGUCAAGGUGUGUCAAAGCAUUCAACGCAGGAUGUCCCCUACGUCGAAGUUGGCAGCAAAUCUUACAGAGACUGGCGAUGUGUCGCUGUUGGCCUACCUAGAAAGGUAUGGGGGCUAUGGUCAAAACAGAGAGCUUGGCAUGGUGCAAUGGUCGCUAGGUCACGUCUUCGAUGCAAUGGCAAAGGGAGACAUGGACCUCGCCAAGGACCACUUGGCGUUAACGGUGGUCAUGGUGGAGCAGGCUGCCGUGGACAACAACAGGUGGCAGUUGGCUUGGCUCCUCCGCCUUUUGGACGACCCGCCUCAAAACUUGUGGAUCAACAGAGGCCAGACGGCAACGGGGUCCAAGAGGCCUUUUGCGCCUAUGGCGCCACAGACCUGGACCACCACUGCUCUAGCGUAUCUCAAAGAGGCGGAUCUGUUGACCUCCAAGAAGUCCGAGGUGUUGGGCAAUCAGAAGACUGCAACCGACGAUGCGCCUUCAGCAAAACCAGCGCCCAAGAGGAAACCAGGAAAAGGUGGAAAGGGAAACCAUGCAGCCAAUCAGAACCAAGCAGUCUCCACUCCGGACCCACUGGACCCUGGGAUUGGUGGAGGAGGUGGAGACAAACUACAGUUCGAAGGUGGCAGAGUCAGAGCGAUGCCGCUGCAAGUACAGAGGCCCCUGCAUCCACAACUGAAACGUAGAUGUGGUUUUGGAGCCAAAAAAUUUGAUUACCAGCUUCAAGAGAUUUUGGCUGGGAAUUCAUCUGAAGGGUCUGGGCAAGAAGGAGGUGAAGUACCGACCGGAGCAGAACUUCCAGCUUUCAGUUUUUCCUUCAAAACAUGGUGCAUGUCAUUGACCCGUUGGAUUUUGGCCUCACGAACAAGCUUCGGCCGAUUCCUCGGGUCCACUCUUUGCCUUCAUCGGGACGGGCCUUCUGCCCCCCCUACCGCUUUGUUUCCCUUGCCAGUUCCUGAUGGGAAAGCGUUUGCAGGGUGCCCUGGGUCAGCAACACAAGACUGCUCGUAUGAGACGGCAGUCAACAGAGCAUUACAUGUGGUGAUUUGUGCAUUGAAUUUUUGUUAUUCAUCACGUGCUUGCCCACCGUUGGAGUUGCUCAGGAGGCAGCCAAACCGGCUUCAGACAGAAGCCAUUGAGCGUUUGCGGCUGCUCAUCAAAGCGUGUGAUCAUGGCAAGCCCAUCCAAGUGGCUUCAAGUGGUCGGAAAAAUUUGCAGUUAAUGGCGCGCCUUCAAGAGCUCGCAUUGGCAGCAGAUGCAUUGGGUCUUUCGUCGAGCCCAUACCAUGAGGACAUCAAGCCGGCGGUGGUUCAGCCUGACAACAGUCUUCAUCCUCAGCUCAACCCCUUUUCAAAUUUGAAUCCUGACAGAUUGAAACUGACGGGCAGAGCAAAUUGGGAGGCAUUUCAGUUUUUGGAACCGGAGUUCUACAUGCCCUUUCAGGAGCCUCAGUCCAUCGAGCUGGAGAAGCCAAUUAUGUCCAGGGGUACUCCGAUUUUUUUGGUAGACCCCCCAGAGACGGUGUUCCGGCUGUUUCAAAAGUGGGAUUCUUUGGGGCUGCUUGAGCUUCAUCCGGUGUCAACAGUAACUACUGGAGAGUCAGGUAGGGUGAAGAUUUUCAACAACUACAAGUCAGCCGAAUGCGAUAGACAGAUUGGAGACCGUCGAGAGCGCAAUGCCUGGGAAGGCCGUAUCCCAGGACCAUCGGCAGCAUUACCCUUAGGCACCAUGAUCGGGCGUCUUGCUGUACCUGCAGGCAUGGGAUUGAAGGUUUGUAUUACUGACAGAUCAGACUAUUACCAUCAGCUAGCAGUAAGCAGCGAGAGGAGCAGAGCAAAUGUUGUUUGGCAUCCUUUUCCUUUGGGCAAGUUUUUGGAGUUUCAAGCAUACAAGGCUUAUUUGCAGAAAGCCAAGACUCGACAGAAGGUUGACCGCACAGUUCAUGGAGAUGAGUUGGACGGUGUGAGGCCGAUGCGUUUUGGCCUUGGUCAUGAGGAACCUGUUUUUGGUGCGUUUAAGGCAGUGCUGCAGGGGGACCAUCUUGGAGUUGAGAUAGGGAUCAGUGCUCAUGCGGGCUUGUUGCAGGCCAGUGGACUUUUGCAGGACAAGGGGAGGCUGCUUUCGAAGAAGUUGAUACGAUCCUCUCCUGUCUAUGAAGGCCUGGUCAUUGAUGAUUACUUUGCUAUAGCCCCUGCUCCGGUCUCUUCUCUGGAAAAACGGGAUGAGCCCAGCGAAGCACGGAGAUGCUUUGAUGCAGCGAAGAAGGUCUACCUUCGAGAAGGUUUGAAAGGUUCUGAUCAGAAGGACAUCAUUGAUGAGCAUGUUGCGACAGUUGUUGGAGCAGAGAUAGAUUCAAGACCUCAAAAUGUGCAAUGUGGAGUCUUGCCAGUUGGGGCUCCGGCUUCAAAGCGCUUGGCCUUGUCCUGGAUUGCAGCUAUGGCUUGUAGAUAUCCUUGCACUACAGAUGGUUUGCACUCAUCUCUUUUGGGUGCGUUGGUGUCAUCUUUUUGCUUCAGAAAAUGUUCGAUGUCCGUGCUGGUCGAGCUGUUUAAGGUGAUCCCGGCCACAGAGCUUGAUGUCAGCAGGCCGAAACUACGUCCUCUCAAGAGGGCAGCAGCUGAGGAAUUGGCAUUAGCUGCGGUGCUGCUCCCCAUCAUUGUGAGCGAUGUGAAGAUGCCAUUUCACUCUUGGCUCUACGCGACAGAUGCCUCUAUGGCAAAAGGGGCUGUGUGUGUUGCACCUCUAGAACCGCCUGUGCAAGAACCACUUUGGCAAGCAGGGGAUUUCAGAGGUGGUCAUGUUGACCUAGAGACCUGGCAGCACCAGCUUGUCAGAGAAAGCGCUCGCGAUGAUUUGGAGCGAGAGGAGAUUGCAGAGGACCAUGCAACAGCAACCUUUGCAGAGGAGCCACAAAAGACGGGAGCAACAGUGUCCCGGCCUCUUGCACAGUACUUUGAUUUUAUUGAAGUCUGCGGAGGAUCUGGGGUUGUGUCAGAAGCAAUGCACAGAAGAGGUUUUACAGUUGGGCCCAUCAUUGAUAUCAGCUACUCCCCACAGUACGACCUGGUCAAGUGGGAGGUCGUUGAAUGGUUGAUUUUUCUCAUCCAGAAUCAUCGAGUGAAGGGCAUUUGUUUGGAGCCUCCCUGCACAACCUUUUCAGCUGCUGCUUAUCCUUCGGUGAGGUCAUACGCAGUUCCCCAGGGUUACAACAGAAAGCUUCCGAAAGUGUGGUUUGGGAACAGGCUUGCUUUUGCAUGUUUGAUCCUGCUCCUUGUGGCUUUGAGGGCGGAGAUUUUUGGUCUUUUGGAAACUCCUCGCAGGUCAAAGAUGGCUUGGUUGAAAGCUUGGAGGUUUCUGUUGACUUUGUUUGGCAUUGAAGAGACCUACACUUCUUCCUGCGCAUAUGGGUCGGUUUUUCAGAAGGAGUUCAGAUUUUUAUCAUGCAACAUGCGUACCUCGUCUUUGUGCAAGCCAUGUACGCGAGACCACAAGCAUGUUAGGAUUCAGGGCUCCCUCACGAAAGGAUCAGCAAUUUACACGCCUGGGCUUGCAGAAGCAAUUGCAGAGUUGUUUGCAGCUCAUUUGAGGUUUGAGAAGAGAUUGAGGCGAGAGCAGCAUGUCGAGGUAGGCGGUCUUGAAUCUCCUCUUGUCAAUGAGGUGACAAAAAGGUCAGACUGGAAAACAACCUCAUGUUGGACAUGGAAAGGAAAAUCCCACAUCAACGUUCUGGAGUUAGCCAGCGUUUUUCAAGCAGUCAAACAAGCUGCGAGAAAGGGAGGCGGGAGAGUGAGUUUGCUGAUGGACUCUCAUGUUUCAGCAAGAGCCACCGCCAAAGGGCGAUCUUCAGCAGCAGCCCUGAUCCCACUUCUCCGAAAGAUCAUGGCAAUUUCCUUUGCAUUUCACAUGAUGCUGGCUGUUCAUUUCCUGCCAACACGCUUGAAUGUUGCUGAUGAUCCUACAAGAAAUGUUAGAGUUCGUGACAGGUAUGAAGGAUCAUCAUGGUUUGACCAGAUGUCAGAGGAGGAGGUUUUUAGAGCAGCAGAGCUACCAACCAUGAAGACAUGGGCAAGCAAUUGGAUUUCCUUGUGCCUUGGACUUAUGGCCAAACACCAUCUCCCUUUUGCUGCCUUGAGCUUGCCUCACCACCGCCAAAGCUCUAGCCUGCCUCCUGCUUAUCUCUAUCAGCAUCUCUUGGACUUUGAUGCCUCUCUCGGUUUCCCUGGCGAGGGUCCUAGGUGUAGUCCCCUAUUUUUCGUAGUGUGGAUUUUGCUUAGUAGCGUCGCUGUAGCCCCAGUGAGCCAUGGAAAUCUGGUCCGCAACAAAGAUGACCUUGCAAGAGCUGCCAAACGCAUGUCGCGACCGUUGCAAAGUGGAAGACCUGUCGAGCAGGUUACUCGGACAAACCGCGAGCGGUUACUGGAGUGCUUUGCGGAAUGGUUGGCUGGCAAAGGCGAGAAUUUUCCUUCGCUGUUGGAACUGUCAUACAGAGAGCCCGAAAAGAUGGUGACACAGCUAGUCAGCUAUGGACGGGAGUUGUAUGCAUCAGGCAGACCAUACAACCACUAUGUGGAGACGGUCAACGCGGUGGCUGCUGCGAAACCCACGAUUCGGCGGCUUCUGACGGGUGCUUGGGAUCUGGCUUUUAGCUGGCAACGAGAAGAGCCAGGGGGCCAUCACCUGGCAUGUCCGUUUCAGAUUCUUCUGGCAAUUCUGUCGGUGAGCAUCCUAUGGGGCUGGCCAUGGGUUGCUGGAUCGAUAGCCUUAUCGUGGGGUGCAAUUUGUCGCAUUGGAGAGGUGCUACAAUCUUGCAGACGUGACCUUGUGCUGCCUCAGGAUGUGGGUUACACUAGUUGUUCCAUUUUCCUGAGGGUCAAAGAACCAAAAACACGUUUCAAAGCUGCAAGGCAUCAGAUGUCGAAACUUGAUGCAGAAGAUCUGGUUCAACUGGUGUCACUGGCUUUUGGAUCAAAGCGCGCUGAUGAAAAGCUUUGGCCUUUUUCCGGACAGCUGCUGCGAACGAGGUUCCGACAAAUCCUUCGUGAGAUUGGGUUGCCAUAUGAUUCAAAUGGCAUCAACAGAGGCCUUGACCUAGGCUCCCUCCGCGGAGGAGGAGCAACAUACCUUUUAAUGCUGACAGAAGACUCAGAGCUGGUGAGAAGAAGGGGUCGUUGGAUUGCACCAAGGACCAUGGAAGUUUACCUUCAGGAGAUAGCUGCUACAGUUUAUUUUCCUCAACUCCCCAGUGCGUUGAAGGCUCGAGUGCUGGCCUUAGCCUCAGCCUUUCCUGGUCUUCUAGCACGCAUGCAGGUGCUUGUCAAGGCGAAAGUUCCGGCGGAAUCCUGGCAUUAUUUUUUUCAACAGAAUGAAGCAGAUGGAAAUGUUGGGAAAAGCUGGGAGGAAGUGGUAGCGAGGCACACACGUGCUACGCAGAGAGGACAAACCCAGAAUAUGGCAGGAGCCCCCCCAGGUACCUUGCUCUUCGCAACUCCAUUCACCGCCACAGCGCCCAAUGGCACGGUGAUUUGGAUUAUGAGUACCAUUGGCGCCCAGAUUGGUAUGGUGCUGGUGUCCAAUGUGCAGAAUGGCAUCUCCUGCCCCAUGCUGGCAGCUUGGAGACGGGGUAGGGAACUGAGCCAUGUUUCAGUGGCAUUGUCCGGCAAGGAGAUGAUUCCCAUGAUGCACUCCACGUUUUUGAAUAUCGCUGCCAAGAUGCCUGAAGCAGAUGCAGAGCAGCUACAGGCGACCUGCCUGGCCAGUUGCUUUGUAUGUACCUUGACCAUCGGUGCGGGGCUGCUGAUUGGCACACGCCUGGGCCUGGCCAGCUAUCUUCGUGCUGUGCCGUUGAUUGUUCUCAAAGGUGCUCUGUUUGGGGUGGCGCUCUUUCUGAUGUCCAGCUGUUUGACGGUCGCCACUGGUGAUAGCACCAGCUCCCUCAGCGCGACCUGGCAGCUGUGGGCUCCAGCGGUGCUGCUGGGGCUCACGCUCUUUGCCAUGGAUGAGGCAAUCCAUUCGCCCGUUGUCAUUUCGCUAAGUUUGCUGCUGGUUGGCAUGAUUCCUACCUGUUUGGAUCUCUUGAAGCUCAUUCCGCUCAGCGAGCUGCAAGAGAAGGGCUGGUGUUUCCAGCGCCAACAAACAGCGAGUGCAGUCUGGUACCUGCAGGUGGCGGACGCCUACAGGUCCGCGCUCUUCCGCAUCGACUGGAUGGUGAUCCUUGAGAUCAUGCCUGCCAUGGUGGGCAUCGCGGCUUCCGCGUCCUUGUUGAUGUUGAUGGAUUUGAAGGCGGUGGAACUGUUGACCGAACGAGAAUUCAGCUUAGACAAAGAGCUUCGGAGCAUCGGAGUGAGCAAUCUCAUCAGUGCCCUCUGUGGCGGCGGCUUUCCCUGCUACAUCCUUUGUUCCUUAAACGUGACAUGCCAUCGCCUUGGUGGUCGUAGCAAGGUGAUUGGAGUUGGACUGAUCCUCAGCUCCACCUGUUGCCUCUUCGUGGUGUUCAACGUGGUCCCCCGUCUUCCCAGGGCCUUGCCAGGGGGUCUCUUUAUGUGGCUGAGCCUGGUAUUCGCCAAGGAGACCAUUGUGGACAUAUGCUCCAAGUACACCCACAUCUCAGAUGUUUUCACCGUGGCCGCCAUGGCCUUGGUGGUGAAGUUCUACAGCUUCAACGAUGGGUUGAUGCUGGGGACCCUGCUGGCCAUGACGUUUUUCACGCUGCGCUACAGUGGCACCCAGGCGGGCGUGAAGACCGCAGGAGACGCACGUGGCUUGGGUAGCAACGGCGGGCCUUUUCGGACCGA